AUGCCAUUCAAAUUUGUCAAGGAUGUUUCUGGUGUUACUUCUGGUGUUACUUCUGGUGUUACUUCUGGUGUUACUUCUGGUGUUACUUCUGGUGUUACUUCUGGUGCUACUUCUGGUGUUACUUCUGGUGUUACUUCUGGUGUUACUUCUGGUGUUAUUUCUGGUGGUGUUGCUGAUGCUGUUGCUGAUGCUGUUCCUGCUAUUGCUGUUUCUACUAUUGAUGUUGCUGCUCCAUGGCCGACUAUAUCACAAACCCAGCCAUGA